AUGGUGGUGGAGUUCAUCAAACUGACCGAACUCCUCGAAGGACAUGGUGAACCAGUGAACGUCCUCUUCCAAAGCAACAAAGCGGCACCAGUUGUGGAGAAAACAUUGAAAAUAGCCCAAGAUCAGGUCGACAAAGAUAGCGUAGACACCAGUCCAGCCGAUCAACCCGUACCGUCAUCUGCCGGUGGUAGUCGAGACCACGCUCAGACCGUUCAACAAAAUCCAUCAACUACAAAAACAAAGAAGAAGAAAUCUAACAAGCGUCGACGUAAGAAACUUCAUUACCUCAAAGGGUGCUUAGCAGGCGAGGCUAAGGCACUGAUUGAUCCGCUAAGGAUCACGAAAGACAAUUAUCAAGUUGCUUGGGACACGUUGCUAAAACGUUACAACAACAACAAACUUUUGAAGAAGAAGCAAGUUCAAGCGCUCAUCAAGCUGCCUUCGCUUAGCAAGGAAUCUAUCACGGAUCUCCAUAAAUUGGUGGAUGGUUUCGACCGUGUGAUUCGGACGUUAGACCAAAUCAUCGAACCAGCCGAUUAUAAAGAUUUGUUGCUGGUAGAGCUGCUGAGCACUCGUCUCGAUCCUGCCACACGACGAGGGUGGGAAGAACAUUCGUCUACGAAGCAGCAAGACACCCUAAAGGAUCUACAGGAGUUUCUUCAACGCAGAAUGCAGAUUCUUGAAGCCUUACCUGCGAAGGUGGAAGCGAAGGUGGAACAGUUCCAACAACUAAAAAGAAAGCCGUUCUCUACAAGGGUCAGCCAUAAUGCCGUACAAGGAAACAACGCUAAGUGUCCUUCUUGCGCGGAGAUUCAUGGACUGCAUACUUGUCCAGCCUUCUUGAAGAUGUCACUGACCAGUAAGGAAUCCCUCAUACGUACGCAAUCGCUCUGCCGUAAUUGCCUCAAACGUGGUCAUCUUGCUCGAGAGUGUUCAUCAAAGUUUUCCUGUCGGCAUUGUAAGGGUCGGCACCAUUCGUUGCUAUGCUACAAGGGAGAAGUAAGUUCCAGCAACCAAGGAUCAUCCGGAAGAACGAAACCGGGUGAAGGCGCUAAGCAGUACGACAGUGUUGCAAACUCCAAGGCAGCGAAUGCCUCAGCGGUUGAAUCUACUUCUUCAAACGCGGCACAGUGUCUCUUAUCGCAGGUUCUUCUGGCUACAGCUGUCGUUGCGAUCGAGGACGAUCAAGGUUCUCGCUAUCUAGCACGUGCACUGUUGGACUCAGGGUCCGAGUGUAACUUCAUCUCUGAAAAACUGUGCCAUUUGAUGAAUGUCUCCAGUCAGAAGGCCAACAUAUCGAUUCUUGGUAUCGGACAGUCGAACACGAAGGCAACUCGAAAAGUCAAGGCUGUCGUCAGAUCUCGGAUUUCAUCGUACUCUCGAUCGAUGGAAUUUGUCGUCCUACCGAAGGUUACAGCUUGUCUGCCAACAUCUACAGUUCAGGCAAAUGGAUGGAACAUACCGGUAGAGAUCGAACUGGCGGAUCCGGAGUUCUUCCGGUCAAGGAAGAUUGACUUGGUUCUGGGCAUCCAAGCCUUCUUCAGCUACUUCCCGUCUGGAAGGGAGAUACAGCUAGGCAAGGACCUACCAGUACUAACGGAAUCGGUUUUUGGGUGGAUAGUGUCAGGCGAAGUCACUUCAUCCAGCCAAGGUACUAAGUACGUCUGUAACAUGGCAGUAUCGGAUAAUCUCGAGGAGAUAAUGGCACGGUUUUGGUCCUGCGAGGAAGUAGGAGCCGUCAACAAAUACACUCCUGAAGAAGCUCACUGUGAGGAGCAGUUCCAGCGUACAGUUAGGCGGGAAUCCGACGGGCGAUACACAGUAGCCCUCCCCAAGAACAACGAAGUUUUGGUGGAACUGGGUGAAUCCCGAGACAUCGCAUUAAGACGGUUGCGAGCUGUGGAGCGAAGAUUGGCAAGGGAUCCAAGUCUACAGAAGCAGUAUUGUGAUUUCAUGGCCGAAUACUUUGAGCUCGGUCACAUGCGAAGAUUGGACGACAGCGAAGAGCAUACAGUUAAACGGUGUUUUCUGCCACAUCACCCCGUUAUCAAAGAGUCUAGUACCACGACCAAGGUGAGGGUGGUAUUCGACGCAUCUUGCAAAACAUCUUCAGGAAUAUCCCUAAACGAUGCGCUGUAUGCUGGACCAAUAGUUCAACAAGACUUAAGGUCAAUCGUUCUGCGUAGUCGAGUUCGUCAGGUGAUGGUCGUAGCAGACGUCGAAAAGAUGUAUCGACAGUUCUGGACGAGUCUGGAUGACACACCGCUUCAAUGCAUACUCUGGACAGCACCUGAUGGAAAGGUAGUGGCGUACGAGUUACUAACGGUGACAUAUGGUACGAAGUCCGCGCCGUAUCUGGCCACUCGUGCGUUGCAACAACUAGCGAACGACGAACGAAAGCAGUUUCCAUUAGCGGCACUUACGGUCGAAGAAGACGUUUACAUGGACGAUGUUAUAUCUGGAGCAGACAACGUUGAAGCGGCGAUCGAAUUGAGGAGACAAAUAGACGCAAUGAUGAUCAGCGGAGGAUUAAAACUACGUAAGUGGGCAUCGAACUGCCCAGACGUACUCAAGGGCAUUCCAACUGAGAAUCUAGCACUUCCAGAUUCAAAUGGAAUCGAUUGGGACCAAGAUGCUGAAGUAAAAACAUUAGGUUUAACUUGGCUUCCUAACGUAGACUGCUUCCGGUUCAAAUUUACCAUUCCGCCACUCACGCCAUUCCAAAUCCUCACGAAGCGACAAGUGUUGGCUUUCAUCGCAAGACUUUUCGACCCGCUGGGCCUGCUUGGUGCAACGAUCACAGCGGCAAAGAUCUUCAUGCAGCGGCUCUGGUGCUUAAAGAACGAACAAGGCCACAAUCUACAAUGGGAUGACCCACUGCCCGAGACGGUGGGUAAGGAAUGGCGAACAUUCCACGAGCAAAUCCCUUCGCUCAACGAUGUGCGGAUUCCAAGGUGUGUGGUUGCUCCAGAAAACGAUCUGUGGUGGCAUGGGCCUACCUGGUUGAAGGAUUCGCCGGAAGAAUGGCCGAAGGCGGCAGAAAACCCAACUGAGAAGGAUUUGGAGAGACGACGCAAUGCGAUGGUUUGUGUUUCGUCGAAGAAAUCUGGGUUCAUUUCGGAUUAUUUAUCAAAAUUUUCCACAUUUACGAAAUUGAUUCGGAUGACCGCAUACUGGUUGCGCUUCCUGAACAACUUGCGGUGCCCUGAAACAGAAAAACUAUCAGGAUGUCUAACAACAAACGAGUUGCAUCACGAUGAACGGUCGAUCAUUCUGUCAGUUCAAGCGGAAUCGUUCUCGGACGAGAUCCGAAAGCUGUCGUCUGGUGUAUCAGUGGGUCGUAAUUCUCCGUUGCGGUGGUUCAACCCACAAAUUGAUGAAAACGGCAUCCUACGGGUCGGUGGAAGACUGGCUCACUCCGAGGAAUCGCAGCAAACAAAGCACCCGAUUGUUCUUCCAGCUAGGCACAAGUUCACGGAGCUGCAACAAUUGACUGGUCGUGGCAAAGGAGGAAAAUGUCUGGUAAAGGAGGUGCCAAGCGUCAUCGCAAAGUUCUUCAAGAUAACCACCAUCCGUCGUCUGGCUCGCCGACCGCUCGCUCCGGUCUGA